GAUCCGGAACCAAGGAGAUAAGAGAGAAAAGGGACCCAGAAGAAGAAAAAGGUAGGUGGAUCUCGUGAAAUCGGUGGAGAUUCUUUUAUAAAAGGGUUCCUCCUUUUUUUUUGAGCACAGCACGAGGAGAUUCUUUUAAAGGAGGAGUGUAUCAAUCAAUCAAUCAAUUAAUUGUGAAUAAUCCCCAACCAGGAACUUGAAUCUCGACUCUAAGCUCUUCCUGAUUGCCAUAUUCGGUACACAAUUGCGCUCGAGAUUCAGCGAUCUUCUUGUAAAGAUGGAGUCCUCAAGCCCCCAACAUAGUAGUCACAUCAUCGAGGUUAAUGUAGGAAAACCUGAUGAAGAAAGAAUAAUCGGAGGAAGUAAAGUCUGUGGAGAAGCGCCGUGUGGGUUUUCAGAUUCUAAGAAUGCUUCUGGUGAUGCCGCAGAACGCAAUGCUUCUAUGCGAAAGCUCUGUUACGCGGUGGUGUUAUGCCUUGUGUUCAUGUGCGUUGAAGUUGUUGGUGGAAUUGAAGCUAAUAGUUUGGCUAUACUAACCGAUGCGGCCCAUCUUCUCUCUGAUGUUGCUGCCUUUGCGAUCUCGUUGUUCUCCUUGUGGGCUGCUGGUUGGGAAGCGACUCCGAGGCAGACUUAUGGCUUUUUCAGGAUUGAGAUCCUGGGAGCUCUUGUAUCUAUCCAACUCAUCUGGUUGCUCACUGGCAUUCUGGUUUAUGAAGCCAUUAUCAGACUUCUCACCGAGACCAGUGAGGUUAAUGGAUUCCUGAUGUUUAUUGUUGCUGCGUUUGGCCUAGCGGUGAAUAUCGUAAUGGCUGUCAUGCUCGGACAUGAUCAUGGUCAUGGACAUGGACAUGGUCACGACCAUCACAAUCACGGUGGGAACCAUAGCCAUGGGGUGACUGUCACCACCCAUCACCAUCAGCAUCAUCAUGAUCAUGGUCAUAGUCAUGGAGAGGACAAGCACCAUGCUCAUGGGGAUGUUACUGAGCAAUUGUUGGACAAAGCGAAGCCUCAAAUCGUGGAUAAAGAGAAAAGAAAGAGGAACAUCAAUGUCCAAGGAGCUUAUCUUCACGUCCUUGGGGAUUCCAUCCAGAGCGUUGGUGUUAUGAUUGGAGGAGCUAUUAUUUGGUACAAUCCGAAAUGGAAAAUAGUCGAUCUGAUUUGCACACUCAUCUUUUCGGUCAUUGUCUUGGGAACAACCAUCAACAUGAUUAGAAGCAUCCUUGAAGUGUUGAUGGAGAGUACACCCAGAGAGAUUGACGCUACAAAACUCGAAAAGGGUUUGCUCGAAAUGGAAGAAGUGGUGGCUGUUCAUGAGCUUCAUAUUUGGGCUAUCACAGUGGGAAAGGUUUUACUGGCUUGCCAUGUCAAUAUCAGGCCAGAAGCAGAUGCAGAUAUGGUGCUCAACAAGGUAGUUGAUUACAUCCGCAGGGAGUACAACAUCAGUCAUGUCACAAUACAAAUCGAGCGAUAAAACCAUAACAAACAUCUGAGAGUUAUUUUGUAUCAGCAUUCUCAUUAACAAUAAUAAAAUCAAUAAAGUUUCUACCUUUUUGUCA